UGUCCUACAGGUGUGGUGCCCAAUAGUCUGGGUCUACACAGCCUGCAACCCAGUCCAGUGGCUCCAGAGAGCCAGGCUCAAUCUCCCACACAACUGCAGUACCGCAACAAAGCCCAGCACCGCCGAUUCUCCAUGGAGGAUGUAACCAAGAGGAUGUCUCUGCCCAUGGAUAUUCGUCUCCCACCGGAGUUUCUGAAGAAGUUACAGAUGGAAAGCACUCCACCAUGCAAACCUCUCAGUCGCAUGUCCAGAAGAGCCUCACUGUCGGACAUUGGCUUUGGGAAAUUGGAGACCUACGUGAAGUUGGGCAAACUAGGAGAGGGCACAUACGCGACGGUAUUCAAGGGUCGCAGCAAACUAACAGAAAACCUGGUGGCUCUGAAAGAGAUUCGUCUUGAGCACGAAGAGGGCGCCCCGUGCACAGCAAUACGGGAAGUGUCACUGCUGAAGAAUCUGAAACACGCCAACAUCGUAACACUCCAUGACAUCAUCCAUACAGACCGAUGUCUCACCCUUGUCUUUGAGUAUCUGGACAGUGACUUGAAGCAGUACCUCGACAACUGUGGAAACCUCAUGAGCAUGCACAACGUGAAGAUAUUUAUGUUCCAGCUUCUUCGUGGUUUAUCAUAUUGUCAUCAUAGAAAGAUUCUCCACCGGGACCUGAAGCCUCAGAAUCUGCUCAUUAAUGAAAAGGGAGAACUCAAACUGGCAGACUUUGGUUUGGCCAGAGCGAAAUCAGUCCCAACAAAAACCUAUUCGAACGAGGUUGUGACCUUGUGGUAUCGACCCCCUGAUGUUCUCCUGGGCUCUACAGAGUAUUCCACACCGAUAGACAUGUGGGGCGUGGGCUGCAUCAUGUACGAAAUGUCGACGGGGCGUCCCAUGUUUCCUGGGUCGACUGUCAAAGAGGAACUACACCUGAUUUUUCGGCUCAUGGGCACCCCAACGGAGGAAACCUGGCCCGGAAUCACAGCUAAUGAGGAAUUCAAAUCCUACCUGUUUCCUCAGUACCGAGCACAAGCGCUCAUUAAUCAUGUGCCCAGGCUCGACACGGAGGGGAUAGACCUACUUUCGGCUCUAUUGAUGUACGACACCAGGAGUAGAAUAUCAGCCGAGUUGUCUCUGACACACUCUUACUUCCUGACGCUGGGCGAGAACAUCCACUCCAUACCUGACACCUCAUCCGUGUUUUCCCUGAGGGAGAUCCAGUUACAGAAGGAUCCGGGACAAAGGAGUUCGGUAUUCCAGCCACCAGGUCGAGGCAAGAACCGCAGACAAAGCAUAUUCUGAGGAACAGAAUCAAAGUGGUGAUCGGCAGAACAAAAUCAUUAUGAAGGAAACAGCAUCCAAAACAUGCAUGCACACAUCCAUUCAUAUACACAGCAAUUUAUUACAGUCUGAACUUCAGAAAACAGACUGAAUGGAAGAAAAUCAUAAUAUGAGAUGGAUAAAAGUGUAACCAAGCCUCAAUCGAAUCUCUUUUGCAGUCUCUUUCAAGCCUAAAACCCAUGCUGAUCUUGAGCUCAGAGGAUGCUCUAUGGAAAGGCAUUUAAAGUGUGUCUAGAUUCUUCUCUUUCUGGAGACGUAGAUCUGAACACCUGAAAGUUCUAGUUGAUUUAGUAUUUUCAUUUGUGUGCGUGCAACACGGUAGCUUCAUAUAUACUUGUCCCAUUGAGUUAAAGGAGUAUUUCACUUUUAAAAAACUAAAAACUUUUGCAGUUAAUUUACUCACCCUCAUGUCAUCCAAGAUGUA